AUGUCGGACUCUGCUCAAGUGUUUAUGGACAAUGUCUAUCAUUUAACAGGGUAUUUACACAGAUUGCUUUUUCUUAUGAAAGAGCUAGAUAAAAAGGAACAUAAAAUAAAUAUAGGAAUUGAAAGGAAAGAAGAGGUAUAUUUAGAAAAGUUGUAUUAUGCUCACAAAAACAAAUUAGAAAAUCAUAUAAAACAUAAUUAUGAAAAUUCAAAUACAGAUUCUCAUGAUUCACAUAAUGAGGAUAACAAUGAAAAAAAACAUGAUAUAUCUAUAGAAAAUGUGUUGAAAAAGAUGAAAAAGAAAAAAAAAAGCGAUCUUUGUAUAAAUCAUGAUAAUCAUUUGAAUAAUGAAGGGGACGAAAGAAAAAAUGUAGAUAAGGAAAAUAAUAAUAUGGAUAUGUCAAAUGAAUUUAUUAAAGAAGAGGAAGCAAAUAAUAUUGAAAAUAUAAAAAGUGAGGGAUAUGUACAAAGUGAUGAAAAAAAAAUAAAAAUAAAAAUAAAACAAGAUUGUAUAGAUAUAAAAGAAAAUGGGAAUUGUGAUGAUAACAAUAAUAUUGAUGAUAAUAAUAAUAUUGAUGAUAAUAACUAUAUUGAUGAUAAUAAUAUUGAUGAUGAUGAUAAUAAUAAUGUUGAUAAUGCUGAUAAUCAUCAUGGAAAAGAGAAUAAAUAUAAAAAAAAAAAUAGUACCAUUUCACACGAUAACGAUAAAAUGGAUGAACAUGCUAAUUUUAAUCAUACGGAAGAAAAUUCGAACGAUGGUUUAUAUAACAAUGUGAAUUUUAAAAAUAAUAUUAUUUCGGAGGGAGAAGAAGAAAGUAGGAAAGAACAAGAAAAGAAACAAAAUGAAAAAAAUGAAGAAAAUGAAAAAAAUGAAAAAAAUGAAGAAAAUGAAAAAAAUGAAGAAAAUGAAAAAAAUGAAGAAAAUGAAAAAAAUGAAAAAAAUGAAGAAAAUGAAAAAAAUGAAGAAAAUGAAAAAAAUGAAAAAAAUGAAACAAAAGAACAUCCUACGGUGAAUCCCGUUUUUAAUAAUAAUGAUAUAAAACAAAAUAUAUUAAAAGAGGAUGAAAAAGAUAUAGAUUUUUUAUUUAAUGACGAAGAAAUGAAUAAAUAUUUAAACGAAAUAAUAAAUGAUAGAGAGCAGUGUAUGGCAUUAUUGAGGGAAAAAAUAUGUAUUAAUAAUCAAAUUGCAUAUAUGAUAAAACAUGAUUAUGAAAAAUUAAAAAAACAAUAUGAUAAACUUUAUACAGAAAUGGAAAUGAAUGGAGAAGUAUUACCACAUAUGUUCAACUCUUCAAAAAAUAAAUAUACAACAAAUGAAUAUGAGGAAUAUUAUAAUGUAAAGAAUAAAAAUAUUUAUGCUAUAGAUUAUCAUCAGUAUGAAGAUACCUAUGAUAUGGUAAACUAUAUGAACAAAACAAAAGAAGAGGAAGAAGAACAGGAAGAAGAAGAAGAGGAAGAGGAAGAAGAAGAGGAAAAAGAGGAAGAAAAAGAUGAAUAUGAAGAAAAUGACGAUAUUGAAGAAGAAGAAGAUGAUGAUGAUGAAGAUGAAAAGGAAGAAAUAAACAAAAAGAAAAAAAAGAAAAAAAAAAAAAAAAAAGAACGUCAUAUUAAGGACGAACAAAAUAAAGAUAAAUAUGGUAAAGAUAAAAAUGUUAAGGAUAAAAAUGUGAAAGAUAAAAAUGUUAAGGAUAAAAAUGUGAAAGAUAAAAAUGUUAAGGAUAAAAAUGUUAAGGAUAAAAAUGUGAAAGAUAAAAAUGUGAAAGACAAAAAUGUUAAGGAUAAAAUUAUAAAAGAAGAAAAAGAAGGACAAAAUGACAUACACGAAUAUGAAUCUGAAAGUAGUAAACAUAAUAUUCCAAGAAAAAGCUUAAGUAAAAAACAUUCAAUUAAAUAUGAUGAUGAAUAUAUUCCAUAUAUUUCGGAUAAAGUAAAAAGAUACAAAAAACACAAAAAAAACAAAACACAAAAUGAUGAGCCUUCAAGUAAAUCAAACAAAAUUGGAAUUGAAAAAAUGGAUGGAGAAAAAAAUAAUGACGAAGUAAAAAAUAAUGACGAAGUAAAAAAUAAUGAUGUCGUAAAAAAUAAUGACGAAGUAAAAAAUAAUGAUGUCGUAAAAAAUAAUGACGAAGUAAAAAAUAAUGACGACAUAAAAAAUAAGGACGACAUAAAAAAUAAUGAUGACAUAAAAAAUAAUGAUGACAUAAAAAAUAAUGACGAAGUAAAAAAUAAUGACGAAGUAAAAAAUAAUGACGACGUAAAAAAUAAUGACAACAUAAAAAAUAAUGACGACAUAAAAAAUAAUGACGACAUAAAAAAUAUUGGUGAGGUAAAAAGUACUGAGGGGGCUAAAAAAAAUAAGGAAAGCAAACUGCAUAGCGUAAAAAAAAAUGAAGAUGGGAAUAAAAGCAAGGAAAUAAAUCAGAAUAGUGACAUGAACAAAAGUAAUGAGAUUAAUAAAAAUAAAAGUUAUGAAAAAAUAAAAAGUAAGAGUGUAGAUUUUAAUAAAAAUGUAUUAAAUACAGAAAAAAUAAAAAGUAAGAGUGUAGAAUAUAAUAAAAAUAUAAUAAAUACAGAAAAGGCUAAAAGUAAAAGCAAGAGUGUUGAAAUUAAUAAAAAUAGCAAAGCUAUUAACAAAAGUAAAAAUAAUGAUAAUAAAAAUAAAUAUAAAACAAAAAAUAAAAGUAAAAAUGUAAAUAUAAGUACUGACCAUACUAAUAAUAAUAAUAAUAAUAAUAAUUAUAAGCAGGUAAUUAAAAAUUGUUCAAACAUACAAACAAAUAAAAAUAACUCAGAAGAAAAUAAAACUACAAAUCAUGCAAAAAAGAAUGAGAGCUUAUCAUCCUAUACGUCAUCCUUAUUUGAUAUAAAUCAAAAUGAAGAAACAACUUUAGGAAAUUUAACAAAAAAUGAAAAAUAA